AUGGACUCGUACCUGAUCCGCGUGAACGGCCAUGGAGAUCAUGCCCCUAUGCUAGAUGUUCAUCUCAAGAGUACUGGGAACACCAUGCCACCAGCGAAGGCGAAAGGCCGGAAGCCAAGAUGGGCUGUCAGGGCUUCUGAAAUGUCAAAGAAGACUUUCAAUCCUGUCCGAGCCAUUGUAGACAGCAUGAAGGUGGAGCCCAACCCAAAGAAAGCCAUGAUCUCCUUAUCCUUAGGAGACCCAACGGUCUUUGGGAACCUUCCCACAAAUGAUGAGGUCACACGGGCUAUGAAGGAGGUUUUGGACUCAGGCCGGUGCAACGGUUAUGCUCCAUCUGUUGGCUACCAGUCCUGCCGGGAAGCUGUGGCUGCAUACUACAGCUGUCCAGAGGCACCACUGACAGCCCAGGAUGUCAUCUUGACAAGUGGCUGCAGUCAGGCCAUAGAGCUUGCCUUGGCAGUGCUGGCCAACCCAGGCCAGAACAUCCUGGUGCCACGGCCUGGCUUCUCCCUCUACAAGACUCUGGCAUUGUCUAUGGGGAUUGAGGUCAAACUCUACAACCUCUUGCCAGAGAAGUCCUGGGAAAUUGAUUUGGAGCACUUGGAGUCUCUGGUGGAUGAGAAGACAGCUUGCCUCAUUGUGAAUAACCCGUCGAACCCCUGUGGCUCUGUGUUCAGCAAAAGCCACCUCCAGGAGAUCCUGGCAGUGGCAUCAAGACAGUGCGUGCCCAUCCUUGCUGACGAGAUCUAUGGAGACAUGGUGUUUGCUGACUGCAAGUAUGAACCCAUUGCAACCCUGAGCACCAAUGUGCCAAUCUUGUCCUGUGGUGGCUUGGCAAAACGGUGGUUAGUCCCCGGCUGGCGGAUGGGCUGGAUCCUAAUUCAUGACAGGAGAGACAUCUUUGGUAAUGAGAUCAGGGAUGGCCUUAUAAGACUGAGCCAAAGGAUCCUAGGACCCUGUACAAUUGUCCAAGGAGCACUGGAGCGUAUCUUGGACCGAACACCACCUGAGUUCUACCAUAACACUCUGAGCAUCCUCAAGUCCAAUGCUGACCUUUGUUACGCUGCCUUAUCAUCUAUCCCUGGCCUUCAGCCUGUCCGGCCCUCUGGAGCCAUGUACCUCAUGGUCGAGAUUGAGAUGGAACAUUUCCCGGAGUUUGAAAAUGAUGUGGAGUUCACUGAGCGACUCAUCUCAGAGCAGUCUGUGUUCUGCUUGCCAGCCACGUGCUUUGAGUACCCCAACUUCUUCCGCGUGGUGAUCACCGUGCCCGAGGAGAUGAUCCUGGAGGCCUGCAGCCGCAUCCAGGAGUUCUGCGAGAUGCACUACCAGGGUGCUGAGGGGGCCCAGGAUCUGGAAUGUGACAAGUAG